AUGGCCGGCAUCUUUCGCAGCAUCUAUGACUGGCUCUUAAGGAUGUUCUGGGCGACGGAGAUGGAUGUCACCAUGAUCGGCCUGCAGAAUGCCGGCAAAUCCUCCUUGCUGCGGGUGCUAGCGGGCGGGGAAUUCACGGUUGAUUCGAUUCCGACCAUCGGAUUCAACACAAAGCGUGUACAAAAAGGGCAUGUGACCUUGAAAUGGUAUGACGAGUCAACCUCCUCCGAGUCUGAUCCGGACAACAUCGCUAACAGUCGCAGUUGGGAUUUGGGUGGCCAGCCUCGAUUUCGCCCAAUGUGGGAGCGGUAUUGCCGAGGCGUAAAUGCGAUCGUAUAUAUCGUAGACGCAGCUGAUAAGGCAGCGCUGCCUGUUGCCACGGAAGAACUGCACGAGCUGAUGAACAAGCCCACCUUGGAUGGCAUCCCACUCCUGGUACUCGGCAACAAGUCCGAUCUCCCGGCCAAGCUGUCAGUCGACGAGCUGAUCGAUGCCAUGGACCUCAAGACCAUCACCCACCGGGAAGUCAGUUGCUAUGGCAUCAGUGCCAAGGAAGAGACCAACCUCGACGCCGUGCUGCACUGGUUGAUCGCACGCGCCAGCCGGUAA